UUACUGGUAAAUGUAUUUGAAACUCUGAAGCAGUCUGUUUUCAUAAUGGCAUCUAGCAAGUGUGCAGGAGAAUUUACGGAGGAAUUUAUUUGCCCAGUUUGUCUUGAACUUUUAAAUGCCCCAGUGAUUCUGGAGUGUGGGCACAAUUUCUGUAAGUCUUGUAUUAACAGAGUAUGGGAGAGUCAGAAACAACCUUCCUGUCCUGAGUGCAGAGAAGAAUGCACAGCCAGAAAAUAUGCACUGAACAGGCUACUGGCAAAUGCGAUUAAAAUGGUGCAAAUACAGUGCCAGAAAGAAGGACCUAAUCCAUAUCAGAAAGACCAGCUCUGUAUGAAACAUAAACUAAAGCUUGAGUUAUUCUGUAAAGAGGAUGAAUCUUUAGUUUGCUCACUGUGUGUUCCAGAACAUCCUGGUCACACCUUCUUUACAGUGCAGAAAGCACUCGACAAGUACAAGGACAAUCUGACAGCAUCUCUAUCCCAUCAGCAGUCAAGUCUAAAGCAUCUUAAAGAAAUACAGUGCCAGCAAGAAAUGAAGGUAUCGGAAAUCACAGCCCAUGCCAGAAGUUUACAGCUGCAUGUAAGAUCAGAAUUUGCCAAGCUUCAUCAGUUUCUCCAGGAGAAGGAAGAAAAUCUGUUUCAACAGCUAAAGGAGGAAGAAACAGGAAUUCUGAAAGAGAUGGAGGAAAACCUGAGAAAAAUUAAAGAAGAUAUUAAUGCUGUUCAGGAAUCUGUCGCUAAUAUUCAGUUACAGUUGCAGCAACAGGACGCACUGACUUUUCUAAAGGAAAUCAAGUCAUUUAUACUGAGACUCUCAAAAGACCAGAAACAGAGUGAUGUCCCAAAUGUUGUAGCCCAAGAAAUGAGUCUCGGGGUAUACAAAGGCCCCCUGCAGUAUGGUACAUGGAAGGAAAUGAAAUCCAUCCUUAAUCCUGGUCUCUCUAAUCUUGUAUUGGACGCAAAGACAGCACACCCUAAUCUUAUUAUAUCCGAUGACCUGACCAGCAUAGAACAUGGUAAUAAAAGACAGAAGCUCCCUGACUACACUGAAAGGUUUGAUGGCUGGUACUGUGUGCUGGGAUCAGAGGGAUUCAUGUCAGGUAGGCACUACUGGGAGGUAGAGGUGAAGAACAAGACUGAGUGGUGUGUGGGUGUUGCCAAAGAGUCCAUCGACAGGAAAGGAUUCAUCUUACCAAGCCCUGAGAAAGGAUACUGGACUUUGUAUCUUAGCAAUGAGAAGACUGGGUAUGUAGUAUGGGAUACACCACCAAGGCGUCUCAGACUUGGGGAGACACCCCAGAGGAUCGGAGUGUAUCUGGACUAUGAGGGUGGACAGGUGUCAUUUUAUAAUGCUGACAACAUGUCCCAUCUCUACACUUUCACUGACACCUUCACUGAGAGACUCUAUCCUUUAUUCAACCCUUAUACUAAUGCUGGGGGUAGUAAUGCAAAACCCCUGAAGCUCAUUUACUUAAAAUUAUAGUUCUGACUGAAAACUCUUGGUGUACUGACAUGGAAGAUAAAAUGUUUCUACUGUAUGAAAAGUAUGUUCGUAAACUCAACACAGAGAAUGAAACAGUACAAAAACUGAAGCAGAUUUACUGUCUGACAACCUUAAUGUGAAGGGAGAAUAUUAAAGAAUAACAGCCUUCACAGAGAAACAAAAACACAUGAUGGCAAAGUAUUUUUGAGAUGAUAUUCUGUUAAAUAAAUUGUGCUGUUAUUUUAAAUUAGCUGUUUGAAUUGUGCAAUGUUCUACGUAUUUCUUAAGACAUUCUAAUUAAUUUUAAAUCUUGAAUUGAAGGUCUGAGCAUUAAUAAUGUUUUGACAUGUAAUAUAGAAUUGGCAUAAGUUUUAGCAACACAUGACUUUACUUUUCAAAGUCUGUACUCUUUUAAAAUUAUCUUGAAUAUGAAACCUGUAUAAAUAAACCACAAUUCUAAUUUA